AGCUUCAACCCCAAAGCCGCCUUCACUUCACCUUCCCCGCCGCCGCUUGCGCCGCCUGCCCCCGACUAGCCGUGACGCCGUCUGACCGUCUCCCCGACAAUUCUCCAAGCUCCAGCACGCAGCAGUCCAGCCCCCAGCCCCCCGAUCGGUUACCGGAUUCCGUCUCUCCUCUUCCCAUAGCGAUUCUUCUCUCCCGCUGCGCUCACAGACAGCACCAGCGGCGGCUGCGGCGGCGGCGAUGAGUAUCUCAGGCGAGGUCCCCGGCGAAGGCUCCGACGGCGAGGAGGUCUUCAUCAACGAGGAGGACAUCAUCCAGGAGAUACCCAUCGACGAAGAAGAUCUCCCCGACCAAGACGACGAUGACGAGGAAGAAGACGACGACGGGAUGGAUGGGGUCGAUGAUUCAGCAUAUGCAUUUCAUGGGCAUACAGAUGAGGUCUUUGCUGCUGCAUGUAGUCCUAUAGAUGCGUCGCUUGUUGUUUCUGGAGGUAAAGAUGACAAAGGGUUCCUGUGGAGAAUUGGAUCAGAUGUGGAUGUUCAGGAGCUGACUGGACAUGAAGAUACUGUCUGCACCGUAGCUUUCAGCUCAGAUGGGAAAUUGGUGGCUUGUGGUAGUAUGGAUGGACAGAUUAAUGUAUGGAAUACAGCUACACAAACUCUUCAGGGAACCCUUGAGGGUUCCUCCGGAUCAGGCUUUGAGUGGCUUAAAUGGCAUCCACGCGGUCACUUGAUAAUUGCAGGAUCAGAAGACUGUAAUGUAUGGAUGUGGAAUGCUGACCAUAAUGCUUUUCUGAAUACAUUUGCUGGCCAUAGUAGCACAGUGACUUGUGGCGAUUUUACUCCUGAUGGUAAGGUUAUCUGUAGUGGAUCAGAUGAUGCAUCAUUGAGGAUAUGGGACCCCAAAAGUGCACAAAGCAGACAUGUUGUUCGAGGUCAUGGUUAUCAUACUCAAGGGUUGACAUGUUUAGCUAUUACUUCGGACUCCCAAUCAAUUGUUAGUGGCUCAAUGGAUAGUUCCGUGCACAUUGUGAAUAUAAACACAGGCCAGGUUGUCGGUUCAUUAGUUGGCCACACGAACUCUGUCGAAUGCAUUGGCAUCUCAUCUAGGUACAACUGGGUGGCUACAGGAAGCAUCGAUAAAACUCUCAUCAUCUGGGACCUUGCUCAUCAAUCAAUUCGGUCCACUUGUGAGCAUGAUGAGGGUGUGACAUGCCUGGCAUGGUUGGGUUCGUCAAGGUAUGUAGCGUCAGGAUGCAUCGACGGCGUGGUGCGCAUCUGGGAUAGCCUGUCUGGGGAGUUGGCCCGCACGUUCAGCGGGCACAGGGAUGUCGUGCAGUCACUGACUGUCUCUGCGGACGGCAACUCCAUCGUCUCGGCCUCUUCGGACAGGACUGCCCGUGUCUUUGACAUUUCCAUGUUCAAGUAGGCAAAAGGGUAUAAGCAAUAGCAUGGUUUGGUCUGCCAGCCAAGAGUGUGGUUUCCUCGGCUUGUAUGGUCACGGAUUAUGGGGAUUUCUGAACUUUGCACUUGUUCUUUUUACAUGUAGUCAGUGGUGCAAGUUGUACAAGCUCUCCUAAGUUAAGGGACUUGAUAUUUAUGUUUGAAAUGACUUGGACAUUGUGCUCCAUUCCAUGCAUGUUAA